AUGAAUUUUGAAUUUGAGAGGGAGAUUGGGUUUAUAAACAGCCAGCCAUCGCUUGCCGAGUGUCUGACUUCCUUCCCCGCUGUCUUGGAGACAUUUCAAACUUCAUCAAUCAAGGAGUCGACAUUAAUUCCUCCUCCUCCUCCUUUCGAGCAAACCUUCCCCAGCCUCCAGCCCGACGCCUCCACCCUUCUGAGACCCGGGAGCCAAAAGCUACCCGAAGAUGGGCCCGCGCUGCCGCCACCGCCUCCCCGCCGCCCCCCUGCCCCCGAGUUCCCCUGGAUGAGAGAGAAGAAAUCCGCCAGGAAACCGGGCCAAGCCGCCGCAUCUCCUCCGGCCGCCGCCACCGACCCGGGCUCCGGGGUCGGCUCGCCCGCAGAUGGCCCGGGACUGGCGGAGGCUGCGGGCGGCGGGGCGCGCCGGCUGCGCACGGCUUACACCAACACGCAGCUGCUGGAGCUGGAGAAGGAGUUCCACUUCAACAAGUACCUGUGCCGGCCGCGCCGCGUGGAGAUCGCGGCCCUGCUGGACCUCACCGAGAGGCAGGUCAAAGUCUGGUUCCAGAACCGGCGCAUGAAGCACAAGCGGCAGACGCAGCACCGAGAGCCGCCCGACGGCGACGCGGCCGGCCCCGGCGCCUUGGAGGACGCCGCUGAGGACCCGGGGGCCAGCCCCGGCCGCCCGGCCGCCUCCCGCGCGGCGCGGGACGCCUGCUCCCGCCCGUCCGAGGUCGCGCCGCGGCCUCCGGGCGCUCCCGGCCCCCGGCCUUCGGCCGCUCGCUUGGAGGGCGCGGGUGUGCGGGGCCCCGGCGGCGGCCUGCGCGGGCCGGGCGGGCUGGAAGCCGAGCCGUCGCCGGAGGACGCCUUCCCGGAGCGGCAGGACUCGCCUUUCCUGCCGGACCUCAACUUCUUCGCGGCCGACUCCUGUCUCCAAGUGUCCGGAGGCCUCUCCCCCAGCCUUCAGGGCUCCCUCGACAGCCCGGUGCCCUUUUCCGAGGAGGAGCUGGACUUCUUCACCAGCACGCUCUGUGCCAUCGACCUGCAGUUCCCCUGACCCGACCCGGUUCCUUCCGCUGGCCCCUCCGAUCCCCGCUCCCCUCGAUUGUCUGCUGGGAAAACCAAGGGCACCCCCUCCCCCGUCGUAUAAACUUAUUUAUGUGUUUUGCUAAAUUCAGGUAUUAUCCAAGUAGCGUUCAAUCCAGUCCUUUCUUCUCUCUCUAAAAUUUGGGCACUCGGGCAUCUUUUUAAAAUUACACAGACAAAUUCCGUUUGGUAGACUCCUUCCAACGAAAUCUCAGGAAUAAUUAAACUUGAGGGGGCUUUCUUAAGAAUAACUAGAGGACCUAUUUUCCUCUUUUUUUUUUAAGUUUUAGACUGUAGAUUAUUUAUUAAAAUUCUUUAAUAGGCAAAGGGGAAAGUAUUUAUUGUACAUUAUUUUCAUAGAUUAAUAAAUGUCUUUAUAAUAUGGAAACGAGCAAGUGUUUGUGUCGGGACUCAGCCCCCUUUUCCGCACUCCCUAGUCGG